AUGGACCAUCGUGCGCGGUUUGGGUUCCUGCAGCGGCGCUCGUACGCGCCGCAGCUCAGCGUCGACAUUCCAGCGGAGAUUGCUCGCCAGACUAAGUGCACCGUCUUUACACUGAUCCCGCUACCGCCCGCACUGCUCUAUGAUCCCUUCACUGCGCGCAUCGAGCGCUCGGAAGCGGUGAGCGACGCCCAGUUCCUCGGCCACCUCGAGCUGGAAAAGGCGGUGGGCUGGGCGGGUGAAGGCGCAUACGAGGACGAGGUACGGCGUACGUGGUGGGAGCGCAACGACUUCCAGGACCCCGAUCUCGCGCCCCCCGCGGCGCGCCUCGAGUCGUGCCACGGCAAAGCGUGCGAGCACACGGCGCUACUCCUCGAGCUCGACCCCGCUACGAACACCGCGGAGCUGGAUGUGCACCUAAACGUGCCGCUACAUGUGCGCUACCACGCGGCGCAGGCACGCGACGCCGACGUGCUGCCUGCCGACCCCCCGGCGGCGCACGACGGCAGCGCUUGGGGCCGUGCGACGCACGCAUUGGCCCACGCACAGCACCGCUGGCAGCAGUUUACUGACUCCUACCUUGCGCGCUGGACGCAUACACAGUACGAGCAUGUGCCGCUGCUCGCGAAUAAUGCGGGCCCGGUCGUGUUUGCGUCGUGCAGCGAGCCGCCGGACCCGAUGAUCUGGGAGGAGACGGCCCCCGCGCAGCUGCUCCAUGGCGAGCACGCCCACCUGCUCGCCGAGCUCAACGGUGCGCUCGCGACGCAGACCUCGCCGCUGUACACGCCGAUCGCUGCAUCGUACACCGACGAGCCGACGAGCGCCGAGGUUCCGAUCGGAAAUGCGGCGCUAUACCCUGCGGUGCUGCUCAUGACGCUGCUUGCCGUGCUCUUUGCGACGCGCGCAGUGGUGAAGAGUGUGCGCCAUGCGGCGUCCGUAUAG